AUGUCCGUGUCCAGUGCGUCUGCGCAAGUCGGCGCGCCCCUGCCCGGCGCACCGUCCACGGCGGCGGCCGAGCCAUCGCGCGCCAAGGAGGCGCCCAUGUCGCGGUCUGCGUCGUGGGCCGACCGAAAUGCGCCGUCGGCGUCGUCGGAGCCCGAGGGCCCUAUCCGCGCGUAUGCCAAGCUCGAGUUCCCUGGCUUUUCCUACUACAUCCAGACACUCCAGGUCACCAUUGGCCGGCGGCCCCAGGCGCCUGCGUCCGCCUCGCCGGCGUGGCGCGCAGGCAAGGACGUGGACGUGGACUUGGGCCCCCUCAAGUCCAUCUCCCGACUGCACGCGCGCAUCUUUUACUCGGUCCAGCCGGACUAUUACCGCAGCUCCCUGCCCAUGUCGCCCAUGCUGGCGCCGCCCGGCGCGGCGCCCGGCCACGACGAGGCGGCCGGCAGCGCCCGGAGCGCAUCGCCGUCCAAGCCCGAGGGCCGCUUCCUCCUCGAGGUGCUCGGCCGCAACGGGGCGUUUGUCGACGACGUGUGGGUCAGCAUGAACGGGGUGGUGCCGCUCGGCGCGAGGACCAAGAUCCAGAUCGCCGAGCGCGUAUUCUACUUUGUGCUCCCGCCGCCGCCUGACGCGGACGAUGCCGCGGACAGCGGCGAGUCGGACCACGAGCUGCUCGCCGCUGCCUCGUCGUCCGAGCUCUCGGACGCGGACGAGUUGCCGGCGCCCAGCGCCGCACCCGCGCCGAAGUUUGUGCUCAAGCCGCGCGCGAAGCUCGGCAAGGCGCUCAAGCGACCGCACACCGACGAGGCACGGAGCGGCGCGCCUGGCGCCGACGGCGAUGCCAGCGACGCCAAGCGGCGCCGCCCGACGGACGAUGCGGCGGCCGACCCGGCCGCCAGCCACAGCGUCAAGAGCGAGGGCGAGGCCGACGCGGACAGCGCCCGCGCAAGCACGUCGCCUGCGCUCUCCGCCCUCGCCGUGGCCGCCCACACGCUUGGCCCUGUGCCCGCGUUCCAGAAGCCGGACCUGUCGAACGUGCAGCUCAUCACCAAUGCGCUCUCGUCCGAGUCGUGUGCGAAGAAAGGGCACAAGCUGACCCUGCAGGAGGUGUACGAGUGGCUCCAGAACACCUACCCGUGGUUCAGCCAGAAUGGGCGCAAGAACGGGCGCGACUGGCAGAGCUCGAUCCGGCACACGAUCGGCACGAGCCGCGAGUUCUGCAAGAUCCCGCGGCGGCCCGACGAGCCGGGCAAGGGCAUCUUUUACACGCUCAGCACCACGGACCUCGCCAAGGCCCACAGCGCGGCGUCGCGCCAGGACGGCGCGGCCGCCGCCGCUGCGAGCGCCCCGGCGACCGACGAUACCCCCUCUCCCGCCGCGCCGGCGCCCGUGUCACACAGCCGCACGGGCGCGACGCCCCCGGACGCUGCGCGUGCCAUGCCGCGCAUUCCCCUUGUUGUGGGUGUGCCGCCGACCGCCGAGCGCACCGCCGCCCAGGGCAAAGGCGCGCCUGGGUCCAUCGAGUCGCUCCUCGAGGCGCCGCCGAUUGCGCACCACCAGGGCCAGCUGUACCUGAGCCCGGCCGUGUUUGGCCACCUGUCGAGCGAGCAGCUGUCCCAGAUCGAGGGCCUCGGCGCACAGCAGGCCUUGCAGGUCCUACAGACGUACCUGGUCUCGCACCUCAAGGAGAAGAUGAAGAAGGCCAAGAGCCCCGAGGGCGCCGCCGCAGCCUCGGCCCCGGCAGCCUCGGCCCCGGCGGCGCCCCGCGGCGCCGAGCGUGCCGGCGAGCGACCAGCGCCUCGAGGUGCCGAAGGUGCCUCGCAUCCCCGUGUCGGCCCCGAGCGNGCGGCUGCGCGGCCCGCCGACAAGAGCGACGAUCCGCUGUCGGCGCUGUCGGCGCUGGCCGCGCACCCCGAGGCGGCUGGGCUCAUUGCUCUCCUGAAGAAGCAGCAGGCGGGCGGCAGCAGCACGGUGCGGCUCUCGCCGGGCCAGCUCGAGCUCUUGCAGCUGGCGAACCGCUUGGCGAUGCAGCGCAAGAAGAAGGCCUCGGGCGCUGCGUCGCCGACGCCCGAGCCGCGGCCGCCCAGUGGGCCGGCGUCAUAG